AUAAGUGCUAGUGGCACGUGCGAACAUGGAUGACGUGUUCUUCGACUUGGACCAGGACGCCGUGUCAGACUUGGCCUUUUGGGGACAAAUGGAGCCCGAAGUCCACUUUGGCGCGGACGACGAGCUCUUCUAUGAGUGCGCGGCGCCCCCCCACCAGCUGUCCCCUUGGUCCUCGUGGUGCGCGCUCCCGGACCCGCAGCUCGCCCUUUCGGACCCGGAUUCGCCGCCACCGCGGCCGGGCGGCGGUGCUGAAGCGGACAGCUCCCCGGCGGACGGGCCCCGCGAGGCCGGCGCGCACGGGCAGCGUCGCGCGCCGCCGCUGCCGCCGCCCCACCAGCCGUACAGGGUGCAGCGGCACGCGGCCAACGUCCGCGAGCGGAAGAGGAUGCUCAACAUCAACUCGGCCUUCGAGGAGCUGCGCUGCCACGUGCCCACGUUCCCGUACGAGAGACGCCUGUCCAAGAUCGACACCCUGCGACUGGCCAUCGCGUACAUCGCGCUCCUCAGGGACAUCCUGGUGUCGGGCUGCGAGCCGCGCGCCUACGUGGAGCGGUGCGUGAAGAGCGGGCGCGCGGACCAGAGCUGCGCCGCGUGGAAUACGAGCGAUCUGACAGCGCGGCUCUCCUGGAUAAAGUGGGAUUAG